AUGUUUCUCCGUAUACCCCAGCCAAGAGCAGGUGCAAACGAACGCGCUCCCGAACGUCAAGUGAACCGCUACCGUCCGAGUCGAAAGCGGCCACUUUUGCAGCUCACAGAGGAACCGCCCCAGUGGAACCUGUUGUCACGUCCACGGCACCUUGCGGGACCUGUUAUACGGGGCUUUGGACGGGGUGCAAGGAAACUGGGGUUCCCGACCGCGAAUCUGGACACCAGGGCUCCUCAAGUCGCAGAGGUGUUGGCAACGUUGACGCCCGGUGUCUAUGCGGGGUACGCUGCAGUGUUGCGUCCAGAGGGUGCACCAUGGCCUGGUGAGAGCGUCACCGACUGGUAUAGAGCCGCGGUGAACGUCGGGUAUGUACCGAGUUUCGACAACCGAGAGCUCUCCAUUGAAGCCCAUCUACUACAUGAGUUUUCCGAAGAUUUUUACGGUGCUCAGAUGCACCUCGUCCUGCUUGCCUAUUUGCGACCAGAGCGCAAGUUUGUCGCCAUAGAUGCGUUGGUUGCCCAAAUCAAACAUGAUAUAGCGUCUACGAAACGGGUGCUUGAGGAGUUGCCCUUCGUUCCCUCAGCGUGCAUGUUCGAGUGA